UUACCGACGUCUCUGCAGUGCGCGCCGCAGUGAAAGCGUCGGCCAAAAUGGCGUCAGUAGUGAAGUUUGCAUCUGUAGACGGUGAUGUAUUGUACGUGUUUAUUGACGUUUAUGAAUAAAAGCACUAGUGAAACUGUAUAAACGAAGAAAGGUGGGUGCCGCUGCAGAGAAGAAGUCAUAUGUGUCCCCAGAAACAUCCAGACGCCAAGAAAAGCGGCGCCAAGGAGUUGAAGCUGUGGCGCCUGGACUUUCCCUGACCUCGCGCGUGCCGGUUUCCUUGUCAACGUUCUUAUUUCAUUUAACCCUUUACUCGUUCCACUAACCUUAAUGGAUAGAUUGUAGAUAAAAGAAUCGCCUUCCGAAAUUAAUUAAAUUAUCAUUUACGUGAACCUUUCCGCGUAAAACUGAUAAUCGAUCUGCGAAAUGUUUCCAGACGCUUACGCUAUUUUGGUAGCGUCAGAGCAACAUCCGUGCUUAUGAUGGCGUCUGUAACACAGGUGCCAUUGAGGAAUUGUGAUGGGGGUCAUUAUUGUUCCCCACCUAAAGAAUGUUGCAAGCAGGGCUGUUGUUAUUUACUUGCACCGUCCGUAUCCUACCGACCACCAACUUUGCCUACCACAAGCAUGCUUAACCCCCUUUUUCUUGGUCAUUGGUAUUUUUGGGCCGCAGUAACAGCAACGGUUGCCGGAAUUUUAUGCGCGUGCUCGUUAUGGAGAAGGCACAGUCAAAGAGGCUUAUGCUGCGGUAACUCUGGACGAGACGAUAGAGCUUCCGAACCUGAUUCCAAUGGAUCGUGUUAUGCACCGCCGCACUACAGCAGAUGCAAUAGCUUCCAUCAAGCCCCUCCGCCGUAUUCUGAGGUAACAUCAAAACCAGAUCUAUAUCCGUUAGUACUCAGUUAUAACGGUUACAAUAUGGAGUCCAAUCAAAAACUGGGAAGAGGCUCAACGGGUUACCUAAUGGUUCAGUAUUUUAGAAAUUACAUAGUCAGACCCGUAGGAACUUUAUCCGCUACGAGCACAAUGGAUUCAUUGGGAUCUAUCUUUAUUUGCAACGCCACAAAUGAAGCGAACACGAUCAUUCCGCCACCAUACUCUUCGGCUGCGAGUUUAGAGGAAGUGAACAACAGUAUACCAACAAGGCCCAGUUCAGAGUUUCCUCGUUCGAUAUCGUCAGCGACGUGUAACGACUUUCACUUAGCUCAACAUAGUCCUAGCGGAUGCUCGCAGCCCGGAAACGUAUCCGCGCCUCAGCCUUCGGCUAAUAUGAACAAUAAAUAUACCAACACAUCAAAUCUAAAUUUGCAUAAUUGUAGUAGAGAAGUGUCGAUUACGAGUAAUCCUUGUUAUAUGCACGACGCGAAGACCACACAGCAAACUUUACUAACGAAACCUCCCGAAGAGUUUGCAAGAAAAACAAAUCAAACUAACUGUGAUUAUUCUCCUCCUUUAAAUGUAGCACAUAAAAGCGCAAAGAAAACGAACCGCAUAGUCUCCUCACACGAAUACGCAAGUAUAGAUUGCGAAAGUCAAGAAGAAGAUCAUAAUUUUUCCGAUUUACUAAACUUAUCUGUGUGCAUUCCUAGUACAAUAACUCAUUUACCCUUAGGUACGGUAACGACCAGUAGCUCACAUUCUCACGAUAUACAACAGUAUAGCGUCGUAAACAGCAUUACUAGUUCGGAUAUCAGCAGUCUUGCAAAUCUGGGUACGCCGGACUCGCCUCCGAGAGCAACCAGUCCAACGGGCGAGCUGCGCGAGUUGUUAGACAAAAUUCAGCAGUUGCCUCAGAAUAAGAGCCCCACACCUAACUCCGAUACAUCGAACGAUGGCCACGAAGUGAAAACGAAAAGUUGUUUUAGCCGCAAUAAGUCUAAAACGCUCUACAUGCCUUUAAGUGAAGGGCCCAGUUACAAUUACCUAAGUAAAGUUUCACCGAGCAGUAAGACAGUGGGCGUGUUCGGUAAAGCUAGUAAGGGUUGGUUGUCACGUUCCGCUCCGAACACGCCGUGCGGGAGUUUUGUGCCCAGUUUUCCGAUAGCCAAAAAACAUUCAAAGAGUCAAAGGGGUAGCAAAACUAAAAUACACGACGCGAGUCCCCUACUAAACGAAAAUGAAGAGUCGGACGACGAGUCCCAAAGAAACCAAUGCUCAUGAUUUAGGAACUUUAGUUGCUACGAAAUUUUUAUGCAUUUUCUGUCUAAGUAUACAAGGUAUUAAUUAUAUGAUUAAUUAAGCUAAAUAUUAAUAGAAUUUUAUAUUCGUAUAUAAUAAUUAUAUGGUUGUCAAUUUAAAAACGAUUUUAACGGUGAAUGUGUGGGUAAUUGUGUUAGGAUUGUUAUUGUUCAUUGAUUAAUAAGAAAUGAAAUCAAUAUUUUUCGAAAUAUAAUAGUAGAAGCGCCUCAAAAAUAGAUAAAUCAGCUGAAGUGUACUUAAAUUUUACUUUCAUUAUUGAGACAUUAGCGAUUUUGAAGUUUGUUAUUGUUAACCAGUAUUAUUAUACCCUGUUGCUUCCAUUAUAGAUGAUAAUAAACUUCAUUUUCCUAAUGAAUUUGCCAAAAUGUAAAAAUGCAAGCGCAAUGGCGGCAAAGGCAUUUGAAAACUAUAGGUUUUGUAAGAGUAGUAAUUUGAACAACAAAAUAACAGGUGAAAUUAAGCAGAAAUUGUUGGUUUAAUCUCACCUAACUUAUUUUAUAAUUUCAUCGUUGCAGAUAAUAAGCGCGAUGUAUUUUUGACAUAAAUUUCUACAAAAACUCUGCAACUUUGAGACUAAUCCAGAAAAUCAGCGACAGGUUUCAAAAGUGAACAGAUUGCUCGUUAUUCUUUGGAUAAAACGAAAUGGUCAUUUAUACCUACAACCGGAAGUUCCUUUUGUGCUAUUACAGUUUAUAAAACGAUAAUGACAAAUCAUUUACAGUUUGCUCAAGACAUUCCUUAAAUUCGCUGACUCCUCCCACUUAUGAAAUCUGAUAUGCUGUAAAUAGUUUUUGUGCACUGAUUUGUUAACGAUUAUCUAAAUACUUAAUUGCUUAGACAAUACUUUUUAUUAGCAAAUUACUCUUAUGAAGAAAACAUUUUUUUAAUUCGCAUUUUAUGCCUAGAGAGA